UCCCUUCCUGUCAAUGCGAGCAUGCAUGAAGGCAUAACCGGAGCAAACGUUCAACAUCAAGCCCAAUCAUGGUCGCGCAUCGAGAACUGAUCAUGGAGACUUUGCCCUACUCGCGAACCUUGAGCCAGUCCUCCCACUCAUGUACUUCUGUGGGCCGCCUUUCAGUCAGCCAACAUCUCCACCGACUCGAGACGUGUAUAUAACUGCGUCUCCCUCACUUUGAACCUCCCUUCGCACUGUUCCAACACGCAACACCCACCCGAUCGGUCGCUAGACGUAGGCGUUCCUCGUUCUCCAGGUCCUAUCACAGUUCAUAUCAUCGUUGCCACAACCACUCUUUCGUAUUGCUGCACCACCCAUACAUCCUUCCUUCAUUUGAUCUCCAUGGCUUCAUCAAACUCCGGGAACCACGGCUUGCAGUAUGUUCAAAUGCUGACUCUUCUUCAGAUUUUGGUGCCAUUUACUCAUCUGUUUAGACGUAGCUCAGCCAAGGCUGCCGCCCAAAGCACUCCGAAUGGAACCGCCGGCCCCCACUCCUGCCCUUACCACGCCAACGUCCUCGCCAUGAAUUCGAACACUACUUCAAAGGGGUUGACUCCUAUGCAGCGCUUCCUGAGCGAGGGCGCUACGGAGCAAAGCGCCCUGUUUGUUCGUCCUGAUACGGGAGAGCUCUCAAUUAGCAAAGGCUGCACCUGCGGUGGUAAAACCGAGGCGAACCCAUGAGACGCGAAGAGAACUGGUGUUGAACAGAACGACACGGAGUACGACAAGAGGAAAAUCGGGAGCUAUCAAUGAGCCAUCUCUCACAGGUCCUUAAAAGGGAUUAGCUCUGCCGUUUCCAUUCUAGUAGACCUCGGGAGACACUCGUCCACCCCGGGCUUGAAUCGAUUAAUUUUCUCUUCGUUUGUGCCCAGCCGCAUCCGCGGAGAGGAUGUCGCUCAUACUUGAACGAUUUCAACGUCGCCUGGACGUGUGAUGUGGUGCAAUGAAAAUUCGCGGGGUCGGACGACGCGGGGCGGCGGCCUCCAUUAUCGCUUGCAUUGUUUCCACCGGCAACUGUGGGCUUAGAGUUUUGCAGCAUCGUAUUAACGAAAUGAUGUUGACCUGAAGUGCAGAAGUG